AUGCGAUUCUUAUGUUUACCCGGCGCGCUCUGCAAUGUCAAGGCUGAUGAAAAUGGCUACCUCGAUUUUCGGCUGAUUCUCAGACUUACACCAGGCCCCUUCCUCUCUGCGCUUCAGAAAGAAGACCAUAGUAUAUCCUUCGUUUACACGCAGGGUCUGAAUCCGGUGGUGAUUUCACCAGAGUUUGAAGGCUUCUUUGGGCCGCCUCCCAAUUUCACCUUCACUGAUUCCGAUAUCGAUGGGUCAUUCAUGCCAGUCCGCACAAUGGGUCGGGAAGGUAACCCUGAAGACGUGAUCAGAAAGUUCUCUCGCACAACGAGUCUAUGGAAGGACCAGAAACCUUCAAGAGCUUUAGCUCAUCUGCUGGACCUUAUAGACCAAGACCCCGAAAUCGACGGCAUCUUAGGGUUUUCGGAAGGGGCUGGUAUCGCGGCGUCUCUCAUUGUAGAGGAGAACAAGCGACAGGAAGCCAGUGGUCGAGUCCCGCGUCUCAAGUGCGCUCUCUUCUUUUCUGGGGUCCCUCCAAGCGAAGCAGACACCGGACGUUUUCUUUUGCACGAUGAAGAUGGAACGCUCAUCCAUAUUCCAACCUUGCACGUAUUGGGAUCUCAAGAUCCGAUGAUUCACACAACUAUGGCGCUUUACAACGUUUGCGAUUCGGACGCAGCCGAUCUCUUUGACCACGGUGGCGGUCACAUUAUUCCACGCGACGCGCAGACUGUCUCGGAGCUUGCGGACAUGGUCCAUACCAUGAUCGCAGAUCUACAACAGUAUUAG